UUCAUCAGCGGUGGUGUUGGUGGUGACAGAGAGCAGAGCAGUCUGGAGCUACACACUGCAGAGCACAUCUCCAGCUGCUGUUAGCCUACCUGACAGCACAGCAGCCUCCUGGCUCACAUCACAGCUCGUCCUGGAGGGGAAUGGGGGCCACCUAGCCCGCUUACUAGCCGACUAGAUUUCCUAGAAGCUGGGGGGAAAGCCUCGAAGGCUGGCGGUCCAGCAAGAUGGUAUCCUGGAUUAUCUCGAGGAUAGUUGUCCUUGCCUUUGGGACGCUCUACCCAGCGUACUCUUCGUAUAAGGCCGUCAAAACGAAGAAUGUGAAGGAAUAUGUGAAGUGGAUGAUGUACUGGAUAGUGUUUGCAUUGUUCAGCACAGCAGAAACGGUCACAGACCUGCUCCUAUCAUGGUUUCCAUUUUACUUUGAGCUAAAGAUUGCGUUUGUGAUCUGGCUGCUGUCUCCGUACACCAAGGGCUCCAGUGUCCUCUACCGCAAGUUUGUCCACCCCACCCUGUCAAAUAAAGAGAAGGAGAUAGAUGAGUACAUCGCACAGGCCAAAGACAGGAGUUAUGAGACCAUGAUGAGGUUUGGAAAACGGGGUCUCAACCUGGCUGCUAACGCUGCCGUCACUGCAGCCACCAAGGGACAGGGCGUGUUGUCAGACAAGCUGCGGAGUUUCAGCAUGCAGGACCUCACUCUCAUCAACGCUGACGAUGAGCUGGCUCUGCACACUCCUGAUGCCCGCAUGAGACGGGACCCCAUGGAUGACAUGAGCUCGGGCGCGAGCACGCUGCCCCGGGCCAAGAGCUCCACUGCACGGCAGACUCGCUCUGUGGCAGCCGCGUCCCUUAUUGAUGACACAUCGUCCCAGCACAGCUCGGACCUUUCAGACACAAGGACCGAACACUCUGAUGAGGAUGUGGGAGAUAAAGGGCACAAACGCAGUACCAGCGUCAAGGCAACCAAGAAGCCUGCUGCUGCUAAGACAGAGACUCAAACCAAGACAGUGAAAAAGCCGGUGAAGAAGAAGACGACAACUAAUAACGCAGAGACGCCACCAUGAGUCCUGCAGCCCACACAUGCACUGACCUCCACUCGCUCCACCCACAGCCUGCAGUCCCUUCCUCCUGUUUGGUGUCCACACAAGCGCACAUAUACACCUUUACAUACAUACAUUAAUUUUAAAUACAGUUCUUUUAAAUUUACAGGCCCAUGUUUAUGAAGUCUCGUUCUCUUUAAGGAGAAUUUAGCUGAGAUUUAACUGAGACUGAGACUUUUUUUUUUUUCUUUUUAAUUUCACACAGGCCACAGUCUCCAGCUAAUCUUGACCUGACCGUGUGGUAGAAAUCUUCAAAAGUUUCUCUUUUGAUGCACUGAAAACUGGAACUCUGGGCUCUCAGUAUUUUGUCAUCAUUUAAACUAAGGAGAAAAAGGCAAAAUCUCCUUUGAGGCCUACAUUAAUUAAUGAGUGGAUGAGUGUAUCCAUCCUUACUGCUGUUAAGCUCAUCACACCUGUCACUCAGGACCAGCAUGUCCUCACUCUUUUACAGCAGUUUCAUUGUUAGCCUGUCCUCAGUCUGUUUCCUCUGAGUGAGUCUGGCUCUGCCACGUUCAGGUCUCACUCUUUCACGUCACACACAGUGCUGGUGAUGAAUUAUUUGUUCAGUGCUGGUUUUGUGAUCCUCGAUCUGGACGCUACUCUGAGCUCAUAUGUAACUAUGAUCUGUGAUAUUAGUAACUAAUAUGAUCAGCUGUGCUCAGCUGGAUCUGUGAAGGCAAUGCUGCCAAUGAGUGAUGACUUUCAUGCCGGUGUUUUUGAGCUAACUUAUCCACUUUCACUACAAAGGUGACAUUUGUAUAUCAUUUCCUUUCAACAUUACACAGUGACUCAGUACCUCUGCAUUUUCUUUUACUCCUUCUAUCCAGCUGUGUGGUGACACUUGACCUGAUUAAUAGCGUUUCUGCACACUGGAAGCUUGGAUCGACUAUAGAAAUAUGUGAAUAGUGACACAAAUAAAACUACUGCGAGUGAUUAUUUUAGUCUCAGAUAUGGAGGGAGAGUGAGAGCAGGCUGUGGGUGUUUCUAAAGUUACUGGACUUCUGGUUGUCAGCCACUGCGUUAGGUAUACUGAGUACACAAGCAUGAGGAGGUCAGUGCUCAUUACUGCUGUCAGCAGUGUGACUCUUGAACCAGUAGGGGGAGCCAAAGCCCACCUCCACUGUUAGCUGAAGUUGCUGAACCACAUGUAAACACCAACAUGUAAAUAGUAACCUUGACUGUAUAUACAGUAUGAGCUUGCUUGCCUUAUUCAUUCUCUGGGCUUAAAUCAGUUUUUAAUCAUUUCGGUGUAUUUUUCAUUCUUAGUCUUGACAAAUCACACGUUCUGACUGAGACCAGAGGAACCUCAGACAUUCAGUAAAGACUUCUGGUAGUAGAAGUGAUUAUUGAAUUUUAAAUUAACAUGUUUGCUUUUCUCCUUGAGACAUUUAACUCCAUCUCAGUGUAGGGAAUCAGCUUGUAAAUUUACAUUUUAUGUUUGUUAUUUUAGGGCCAAAAGUUGGAAACAAGACUUUUUUUUCUUCUCCUUAAUUUAAUGUUUACACUGAAUAAAAACACAUCACAUACUGAAAAGAUGUUUUUUGUUAUGAAGAGAAAGCUCUGCAUUUUUAUCUUGUCAUUUUGAGAUAUUUAUUGCUGAUUAUUUUGAGUUUUAAAUCAGUAUUGUAUACAGGGAUGUUCAUUUGUAUCUUGUUUGUGUCAGUUAUCAAAGCUUCACAUCAAAGACAAUAAUUUCAUGUGCCGGCACAGUGGUACCUAACAAGGUCAUGUAAUGGUCAAUAAAAAAAACUAAUAAAGAACAUUAAAUUUG